AUGUUGAACCAAGUAUCACAUCAAUUCUAUUAUUCUCCAUCUUUGCUAAAUUUUAGAAUUACAGUUAAAAAGAAUAUAUAUACUACGAUAUCAAAAAGCUACCUUUGUUGUAAUCAUAGAUGGCUUAGAACAAUCUCAACCACAACACGAAGAAAAAUUCCUAUUUCAUUUAAAAGUGAUCCCAAUUCCAAAAUAAUAUAUAAUGACAACAAUAUUAACCACAAUAAAUCAAACUUGACUAAUAAUUAUUCACCUGUAGAUAGCACCCAUUUUUUCACCAACCCAAACAGAGACGAACCAUCUUCCAAAAUAAAUAAUUUUCUUUCCUCUACUACAAAAUAUAAUGAUAAUAUACCAGGUAUGAGUAUAGGAGAGGCUAUUAAACAGCAUCAGAAUAGGAAACGUCGAUUUACCAUUUGGUUUACAUUGUCUACUUUGCUAAGUUUAUUUAUUGGAUACAAAAUAAUAUAUAAAGCGGUUUAUUUGAAAAUGGAUUCUUAUAUUCCAUUAUUUCCUUGUAAUAAAUUCCAUAAGCUGACUCCCAAAGAAGAACAGAAAUUAAAUAUUAAUAAUGUCAAAGAUUUUAUUUAUACAAAGUUAAUGAGUAAAUUGACAAGUCAUGAUUUUAUUAAAGAUCAUUAUGGUGUUCCACUAAGAAUUCCAUCCACACCGCAUAACCAAGUUAUUAACAAUGAUAACGAUAAAAAUAAUAAUAGCAAUAAUAAUAAUAAAUUUCAAAAGUUUAACAUAUGGUGUGAAGAUGAAGAUUUGGUCGUAUUUGGCAUCUUAUUCAAACCAAACGAUGAUAUUAGAAUAGAUGGUAAUAAUAAAAAAUGGCAUCUCGUGCCAGGACUAUUUAAAUGGAAAUUUAGUCACCAAUCUGUGAAUAUUAUGGAAAGGAUCCAAGAUAUUUUAGAUUUUAUUGGUCUCAAGUACGAUAAAAUCAUAACUCCAGAAGUGACCUACGAUACAUUUAAAUAUGAAGUUCCAAUUCAUUUUAAUGGUAAUGGAGACAUUAACAUCCAUGACUCUAUAAAUAAUGAUCACCACGCAAUGCAUAUAUGUUUCAAUGGUGAAUUGGGCAUUGAUGAUAAAUCAGUUGUUCGUUUUGAAGGAAAGUACCAUGUUGAUGUGAAAUUUGAAGAAAUAAGCUUAACAAGAAGGGAAAAUGAUGGUAAUUUAGUCAAGUACAUCCUAUAUAACAAUAAUGAAAAAUAA